UAAAUGGGGUUAUUGGCUGGGGAGAGCUCUUCCAAUCACUUGACUAUGAAGGAGAGACAAAAAGUUUCUGCAAAUGAAAAUGACUAGAUGGAAAUUGAAAUUUAUUGGCACAAGUGAAAUCACCUGAGGACUUUAUGGUGUUUAGAAUCCCAUGGGGAAGUCCAGGGAGGGGGAGAAUUCAAAGACGAAGGGAAGCGUGAUGGAGCCAGAUAGCUCAAAAGGGUUUGUUGAUUCUGUAGGGAGAACGGUCACAUUUCCACUGCGUUAGGGAAUGAGAAGGAAAGGAUGUUGUGAAGUAGAAAUAAAUGAUUAAAAACUGAUAUUCAGCUGGGCUGGGGUUGUGGCUCAGCGGUAGAGUGCUGGCCUUGCACGUGUGGGGCUCUGGGUUCGAUCCUCAGCACCACAUAAACAUAAAUAAGAUAAAAUAAAGGUAUUGAGUCCAACUAUAACUAAAAAAAAAAUAUUUUUAAAAAAAACCCUGAUAUUCAGCUAAGAAUAAUCCUCCAAAUUAAAAGGUGGAAGAAUAAACUCAUUUACUUCCUAAUUUCCAAAGCUGUCCUGGUCACUCGUGGGGAGCCUACUGAUCGUCUCCUCUGCCCUUGCUCUUUUCCUUGGGGAAUUGUGUCCUCUGUCAGCCAGGAAAGCUCUCUUCUCCGUGGUCGACCAGUACCCCUCAUCACCACACUUCCUGACAGCUGAGUCAUGUCACUGGAAAGCCACUCCUUCCCCUGGGAAGAGGCCAGGGAGCUCUCCUGUGAGUCCCUGGGACUGCAGGUCACAUUCCCUGCCAACAAGGACUGACAGAUAGUUUUUGUAUUCCGAGUUGUAUUCUCAGAAACUUUAUUAAAUAUGAUUUCUUUUUUUCUUUUUUUUUGGCAAUUUGCAAACCAAAUUGAACAAGUGAUAUUUUCCAUUGUUCUAUGACCUGCAGUAGAAUUUUCCUUUAACUAUUUUCCAGAUAGGGGCUUUAACAGUUUUUGUUAUUUUAGCUUUAGGCUUUCCCAUUUUUAGAAGUUAUUACUAUUAAAUACUAAAUAUACGUGUGAAUGAGGAGGUAGUUAUUUUCUUCCUUUUCUGCUCACGGAACAUAGUUUCAAAUGGGCUGUCUGGAAAGCUUUGAAUAACAAAUACUUCAUGCUUUGAGAACAUUGAAAUUAUUUUAUUUUGGUUAUCUUACUUGUGAUCCAAAGAGGGUGUUGUGGUAUCGGUUUUGGGAGAACUUCACAACCAAUGGGAAUCCUUUUGGAGUUAGCGUGGGGUGUCCUUAAUACUGGAAUAAUCCCGUUGGCCAGGACCCGGGAGCUGCUCAGAUGAGAAAAGGAUGCAGGAAAUUCUCUUGUUUACACAUGUGUCUGCAACUGAGACGCUAGCGCAGUCCCGCAAGCCCAGAGGGCCUUGAAAGACAAAGAUGAACCUCGAUUCCAUUCAUCGAUUAAUUGAGGAAACUCAAAUCUUCCAGAUGCAACAGUCGUCCAUCAAGCCAUGCUGUGACAAGGAAGCUCCUGGCCCCUGCCCUAGGGACACCUGCGGUCCCUGCUUGCCACCUUGUGGGCCAUCCUCUCCUGCAGCCUGUGACUUCAGUGCUCAUCCCUUCAACACCAACAAAUGGGACCUUUGUGAGGAACUCCGCCGGCGGGAACUCGAGGAAGUCAAGGCCAGGGCGGCUCAGAUGGAGAAGACCAUGCGCUGGUGGUCGGACUGCACUGCCAACUGGAGAGAAAAAUGGAGUAAAGUUCGAGCCGAGAGGAACAGUGCCAGGGAGGAAGGAAGACAACUCAGAAUAAAACUAGAGAUGGCCACGAAGGAGCUGAGCGCCCUGAAAAAGAAGCAAAGUCUGUCACUUCAAAAGGAGGUGGCAGAAGCCACAGUAACCCAGGACCUGGAGCUUCCUGGCUUUGAAGGGUCCCACCACCGGAAAGACCAGCUUCAAACUAGUUCACCCAUGUGUGGCUCCAUGGGUUUGGAGAACAGACAACUUGUUGAGGAGGAGAACACAAAAAGUAAGGAAGAAGGUGUGGUUCUGGAUUCAUUAAGAUUAAAUGAGGAGAUGAAACCAAAUCCAGAUAGCACUGAUUUGUUCAGGAAGGGUGGUUUUGGAAGCUGUGCCCUGAAGCCUGGGCUGAGUCUGCCAGCAGGGAACCUGUCCCCUGAGAAUGCAGUGACUGAAGUCUCAGCCUGGCAGCUGCCUUUGGAUGACUUCCAAGAAAUCCUGUGGAAGGAGAGAGAGACCAGCUGUCCUGUUGAGAAGGAGAUUGAACAAGUAGAAGCUACAUGCAGUUUAUGGAAAUGGAAGCUGCAGGAACUCCAUUAAUCUAAACCUAAAGUCAAAGAGCCUGACAUUCUUCACAGUCAACAUGAAAGUGAAACAGGAGAAAUUUCAGGAGAUAUAAAAGAAAAAUCUACACCUCAAAACAGCAAGGAUAGAGUCAUCUGUGAGCUAAGAGCAGAGCUAGAGAGAAUACAGGCUGAAAAUACAUUGGAAUGGGACAAGAGAGAGUUACUGGAAACUGAGAAACAAGGCCUGGAGAGAGAAAAUAGAAGGCUAAAGGUCCAGGUGAAAGAAAUGGAAGAGCUCCUGGACAGGAAAAGCAGCUUAAGUGAAAGCUUUCAGGGUCCUGAUUUCAAGACGUCCUACAGUGAACUACAGGAAAAGAACAAGGAACUGUUGGAACUUCAACAUGCUUAUCAAAAACUAAGAAGACUGUACCAGGUGAAGGUGGCAGAACUGAAUCCUGCAAACAGCCCAGUGGAUCAGAAUGAGGCAGAAGCAAAGAAACUCAGAUUUCAAGUGGAAGAACUGAAACUGGGACUGAACCAAAAAGAAGAUGAGGUUCUUUAUAAAUAAGCAUGUAAGCAUGUGCUGGAUGGCUUCAAACAGCACUUUAUAGUGUGUAUGAGGCAUUUUGUUCUUUAUUAAUGCAUCAUUAAUCAGGGUAAAAACCUUCAUUUUUUUGAGAGAGAGAA